AGAGGAGGAGAAGGAGGUUUAAAUUUCGUGUUUGUUUUUACUUUUACUUUGAAGAAGAGAAAAAACACAGAAAACACCCAAAACGUGCAUAAUAGUAAGAGUAUAUAUCUUGCCGAGGGUGGGUUUUUCUUCUUUGUGUUUCCCUCCAUUCUCUUUCCCAUUCUGUGCCCACAAAAGAAAGAAAGAAAGGCGAAGGAAAGAUGGAGAGCGAUUCAGAGAUGGUGGCAUUUCCAUUGCUGACGACGCCAAUCGAAUCCAACUACAGGGCAUGUACGAUCCCCUACAGAUUCCCAUCCGAUAAUCCUCGAAAGGCUACCCCUACCGAAAUUGCCUGGAUCGACCUCUUCCGCAAUUCCAUUCCCUCCUUCAAGAAACGAGCUGAGAGCGAUACUACUGUGGCUGAUGCUCCAACUAAAGCUGAGAAAUUUGCUCAAAGGUAUGGAGAGAUACUUAACGACUUGAAGAAAGAUCCUGAAAGCCAUGGCGGGCCACCUGAUUGUAUACUUCUCUGCAGACUUCGUGAACAAGUUCUUAGAGAGUUGGGAUUUAGAGAUAUAUUCAAGAAAGUCAAAGAUGAAGAGAAUGCAAAGGCUAUCUCCCUAUUUCCGGAAGUAGUUUGUCUUAAUGAUAAUAUUGAAGAUGGAGGGAAGCGUCUGGAGAAUCUGGUUAGAGGAAUAUUUGCUGGAAACAUAUUUGAUCUUGGUUCUGCACAGCUUGCUGAGGUUUUCUCAAGGGACGGAAUGUCCUUUUUGGCUAGUUGUCAAAAUCUUGUUCCUCGACCUUGGGUCAUUGAUGACUUGGACACUUUUAAAGCAAAAUGGGGCAAGAAAUCUUGGAAAAAGGCUGUCAUUUUUGUUGAUAACUCUGGUGCAGAUAUAAUCUUGGGUAUUUUGUCAUUUGCAAGAGAAUUGCUCCGACGUGGGACCCAGGUUGUGUUGGCAGCUAAUGACUUGCCUUCCAUCAAUGAUGUAACUUAUCCUGAACUGGUUGAGAUUAUAUCAAAGUUGAAGGAUAAAAAUGGCAAGCUUGUUGGUGUUGAUACCUCAAAUCUUUUGAUUGCCAAUUCUGGUAAUGAUUUGCCGGUUAUUGAUCUUACAAGAGUAUCACAAGAGCUUGCCUACCUGGCCAGUGAUGCAGACUUAGUUAUUUUGGAAGGCAUGGGUCGUGGAAUAGAGACUAAUCUUUAUGCUCAGUUUAAGUGCGAUUCACUGAAGAUUGGAAUGGUGAAGCAUCAAGAAGUUGCCCAGUUUCUCGGGGGACGGCUGUACGAUUGUGUCUUCAAAUACAAUGAAGUUUUGGGUUGAUAAUCUGAUUCUUUGCUUGCACUUCUAAAUCCAAUUUCUUAAUUAUUCAAUGCAUAUAAUAGAGUUAGGUCGUAGGGCCUACAAACUUAAUAAUGAAAUCUGAAAACUAUUUGCAUGCGCUUGAAUUUUUCUUGUACGCAUGUAAUCUUGAACUCUCAAUAUUUCUUAAUAUGAAUUAUUAGCAGAAAAAUAUCAAUCCAGAGGCUUUAGGCCUGGCCGUC